AACGUGAGAUGGCACAACGUGCACCGCUUAAAAUCAUGUUUGGUCGAUAAUUCGAGAGGUUUCUGAUUUGAAACGUGGUGUGGCAAUAAAGUGCGCUGGUUUCAACGUCAGUGGAGAAUAUUUUCUGUGAUUUAUUCGUGUAUUGCAGUAAAUUUUCUCGUAAAUUCGGAAAAUAAUGUCGAAAAACGAAGAGAAAUUCGACGGAAUGCUGUUGGCUAUGGCCCAGCAACACGAAGGCGGCGUACAAGAGCUACUCGAUACAAUCUUCAGUUUCCUCGCGCGAAAAACGGAUUUUUACACGGGAGGAGGUGAAGGAGCUGCAGAAAAGCUUGUCACUAGUAAGUUUAAGAAACAUGAAGCUACAGCUCUUGCCAAAGCUGCCAGUGAAAAAGCUGAACGUGCAGAACAAGAGAAACGUCGUAAAGAGAGAUUGGAAAAGAAAAAAAGAGAAGAAAAAGCUGAAGAGGAUAAAUUCAAUUCAGAAUCAAAGAUUGUUGAGCUAACCGAUGAACAAGCUGCGAAAUUACAAGAAGAAAUAGAUAGUAAAAAAUCAGUGAAAGAAUCUCCUGCUGUUCCUGGCCCAAGUGGUGAUAAUGCAGAGAGCGCGAAGAAAGAGGACGAUGUAGAAGAUGAGGAGGAAGAUGAGAAAGAGAAAAAUAAACUCAGGCCUAACAGUGGAAAUGGUGCUGAUCUGCCUAAUUACAGAUGGACCCAGACGCUCCAGGAUUUGGAGAUCAAAGUGCCUUUGAAAGUGAACUUCUCAGCCAGGCCCAAGGACGUGUCGGUGACGAUCACGAAAAAACGAUUGACCUGUGGCAUCAAGGGUCAACCGCCGAUCAUCGACGGUGAUUUUCCACACGAAGUCAAAGUCGAAGAAUCCACCUGGGUGAUCGAGGAUGGAAAAAUGUUGCUUCUCAACCUGGAGAAGGUGAACAAAAUGCAAUGGUGGGCGCACGUGGUAACCUGCGACCCGGAGAUCAGCACGAAGAAAGUGAACCCAGAGCCGAGCAAGCUUUCCGAUCUCGAUGGUGAAACCAGAGGCCUCGUGGAGAAGAUGAUGUAUGACCAGAGACAAAAGGAACUGGGUUUGCCAACGUCCGACGAGCAGAAGAAGCAGGACGUGAUCAAAAAGUUCAUGGAACAGCAUCCAGAGAUGGAUUUCUCCAAGUGCAAGUUCAAUUGAAACGGUUCCAAUUAGACAGAGAGCCGAAUAUUCAGGUGUUGUUGUGAAACUGAUAAUACAAAAGAUAAAACAGAUGAUAUAUUAUCGAUAUAUCCAAUCGCGAAAUCCAGAAAAGCUCUUUAUGAUACUCUUGUUAAUUGUCACUGUGGUGAAGUUUUCUGCACCUGCUUUAUCGUACGGCCAUCAGUUUCCAAAGCGUAAAAGAUGGCGCCACGAUCCAUGCCACGAUUGGAUCGUGGUUACGAUAAAAGGAUUCAUCAUUUCCUUUGUCACAACUCUCACUUGAUGAUUCCAUUUUCUCUUUCUCUCUCUCUUUUUUUUUAUACCUAUCUUCAAACCGUUCCUUUUGAUUACUGCUCCAAAGGUAGCAGAAUCAAUCUGCACAAAUAUGUAUAUCGUAUGAUUUUUUCACAUUACGUUUCGUAUAAUUGAAUAAAGAGUUUAGAAAUGAAAA